GAAUUUGUUCCCUUGGAAAAGACGGGCUGUGGUCUAUCUGGGUUUAGUUACACAAAUCUUUGAUGUAACGAUAGCACAGUGCCAUCGAGGGCACGAAAGUGGUUACAGAUUAUCAGGAUUUAACGCGUUUUCCUAUGAUAAAGUUGGUCCCUUGUCGCCACCGGUAGGACACUGAGGGGCGGUACCAUAAUGGCUCCAGUAGUGAAGCUGGCGGCGAUCUCCGCAGCAAUGGGAAUGGCCUCGUUUCAAGUUUAUGCCAUGAGUGAGGACAAAACAGAAACCGUGCGGCUCUCCCCUAGAGAGUUGUCCAUCUAUGCUCCAGACCCUCCAGCAAAUCACUACAUGGAUGAGCAGCCUAGAGAUCUGCAGAGUGGGCUGGGUGUGGUCCGAGUGGGGCUGCAGCCAUAUGUUAGAGCCGUUAAGAAUGCUUAUACCUCUGUCAAGGUUGGAGCUGUAACAGUCUAUACUGCUGGACACGAUACAUAUGAGUUCCUGAGAGAUCCUCCUCCUGGUUUCUUCCUGAGGGUUAGUGGGUUAGUGUGAUCACAGUCUCUGGGUUAGCUGGUCUGAUCCUGGCAAGGAAAGGGCCACAUCUGAUGACGUUGGGGGUUCCUCUGGGUAUGGUCACUGUUGGGAUGGCCGUGUGCUACCCCACUCAGACAGUGGCUGUUGUAAAGAUGACUGGGCAGAAGAUGUAUGCAGCCAACCAGUACACCACCUCAUAUGUGGCAUCAACCUUUAAAUCAAAGCCCAAAGAAGUAACUCCCCCAACUGUCAGUCUUGAGAAGCAGCAAGCCCCACCAGCUCCAAUCCCUGAGACAGAAAUACCUGAGGCAAAGCCCCUCCCUGAAGCUGGAUCCUCUGAACCAGUCGUGCCUGCUGUUGACGAGGCUCCUCCCUCUGAACCUGGCUCUGCCCCAGUCCCCAUAGAGGAGGGUGUUCCAUCUGAGGCUGAACCUGCCCCUCAGCCCACCACAGAGGUGGCCCCUGCAGAGGAUUCUAUUGACACUGAGCCUGAUGCAGCCGCAGUGGUGUUGCAAGAGGCUGUUGAGACGGCCCUUGUGCCUUCUGUUGAGACGGCCCUUGUGCCUUCUGUUGAGACGGCCCUUGUGCCUUCUGUUGAAGAGAUUCCUCCACCUGCCCCUGUUGAGGAGGAAGCUGCUUCUGUACCCCAUACAGCUGAAGAGGCUGUCCCUGCACCUGUAGAGGAGGUUGCUGCCCCACCUCCUAUAGCUGAAGAGAUGGCAUCUGCUCCUGCUGAGGAGGCUGCUCCUCCAGCUCCAACAGAGGAGGAGCCAUCUGUGAUUGUAAUAGUAACUGCUGGGAAACCCAAAUUUGCACCCGACCCCAAGCUAGUUGACGUGGGCCAGGUCAGCCCUGAGGAUGAAGACCUGUACAACAUGCGUGGAUGAAGAACGACAGGAGGAGAAGGGGGGGGGGGGAGAAUGUGGAAAGACGUGGGAGGGACGGAAAGGAUAAGGGAAAACCACAGAAAUGGGGAAAAUAAUGUGAUGUGUUAAAGCAACUAUAGUUUUUCAGGUGCCUAUUUCUCUCUUUACCUCAAUGAUUCAGAACAGUUAGUCACAGGAUGUGUCCUGAUUCUCCACCUUUCUCCCCAAGUGUGUACUUGCACACUUCCCGUCAUGGAUUUACCAAUGGUGGAAACUCCCGCCUCCGGCCAAUAUUUUCACCAAUCCGAUUUGAAUCCAUUACACGGAGAAGGAUGGAGAAUCAGGACUCACCCAUACUGUAUUUGAACUCUAGUGUCAUUUGUGUUUCUUUGCAGAGGAGCUUGCAGUUUACAUAGACACCCACAGGGAGCAGGGUGCAGGCCAUCAUCUGCAUCCACCAGAACAAACAGCCAUCUUUACACUCUUCUUCCAGAGCCACAACACACAGUUUAUUUACCAGCACUUACACAGAGUGUACAAAACAUUAAGAACACCCUUUGCCCUCAGAACAGCCUGAAUUUGUGGAGUCCACAAAUUAUGUUACUAACCAAACUGGACCAUUACACUAAAUAUUUAUUUUUUUAACUAGGGACUUUACUUGGGUCACUGCUAUGCUGUCGCUUUUUUUGUCAGCCACGUUCAUGUGGCGAAUGCCUGUUAUUAGUCCGGUCAGUCUAUGCAAAUAUUUUCCAUGUGGCAUUUUGUAAACAAGUGAGCCGUUUUAACACAUAUCAAUGUUUUUAUAGCAUUUGUAAGACUUUAUAGCACCAUAGAACUACUGAGUUGAACCUUUUUGUGAAAACCCAAUGUUUAUGGAUGUGUGCAGCUCUUGCACAAGUUAGACACUCACAAAUAAGCCCACAUAGAGGCACCUGGAGGUCAUGUUACAUUAUGAACUGGCCAGUUUGAUAUGUGUGUUUGGAUCAUUGGAAUAAUGUCCCUGUACUUGAUGUCAGUUAGUAUUUUCAAAAGGAAAUGUGUCAAACAGUUUUGUUUGUAUUUUAAUAGAACUGUCAACAUAUUUAAACUUAUAUAUAUAUAUAUAUAUAUAAGUUUAAAUAUGCUAUGUUAGAGUACAGCCAAGAGGACAUAUUUUACAUGUUUUAUCACUCCCUAUUUUUUUCUUUUUUUAUAAAUGAAAAUCACUUCAUGAAUUGACUGCCUUCAAUUUGAAAUCACAGCCCUGAUCUUCACAAUGAUAAUCAUGUUUCAGAUGUGUUGUGUGCAAUAGAAUUGCCAAAUAGGCAAUAAAGGCAUUGUCCUUUUUUUGUAA